GAAGGUUAACCGCCAUUGAUCUAACCGGCUUUCGCUGCCACAUCGGUCAUCCUUGUCGAGAACGUGGAAAUCGAUCGCGUCGCGAAUCUCACGCUUUGAUUAUGCAUCACGCUGCGGACGGUGGCUAUGCGGUCGCGCAGGGUGCAGCGGCAAUUUCGGUAUCCCCCCAAAAAAUGUCCCUAAAAAGUGUAGCUCCUGCUCGCGUGGCAGCCAUGUUCUGAGACGCGUUUGCCAAUCGUCGCGUUUCUCCUCAUCUGAAAAUAAUAUUCUUUUAUAUUUAUAUUCGAAUUUACAUUUAAAGUACGGCGUGUGAUGAUGCGGAAUUGCGAGUGCUAACAAAAUUUCAUCGUGUGCGAUUAAUCUGGGACGAUACUCGUCGUAAUAGUGAUACGCAUUCUCACGAACGAGAUAGUCGUGCGGCACACCGAUACAGUUACAGCCAACUUCAGAGGCGUGUCAUGUUUGCGCUCGGCGCAUUGCUACUUGUUCGGAAUCGUCGAAAUUUGUCGUUGGAAAUCUAUGAAAGAUGCUGUCAUUAGGACCGAAAAAGGACGGCGGCCCCAACGCCAAGUUUUUCGAGUCGCCGGAGAUCCUCGCACAGCUUGAUGGCGUAAAGCAAUGGCUUCUGAAGAACUGCAAGAAGUAUGUGCAAACAGAUCCACCUACUAAUAAGAAUUUAGCUACGUUGAUAGUACAACUACUGCAGUUCCAAGAAGACAAUCUUGGCAAGAAUGUGUCAAAACCACCUAUGACUAGGCUUCCAAUGAGAUGCUUCCUAGAUUUCAAGCCUGGUGGUGGUUUGUGUCAUAUACUUGCAACGGCUUAUCGGUUUAAGCAGGAACAAGGAUGGCGACGGUUUGAUUUUCCUGGUGGAAAAUCAGGAUCACGUACGGAUCGUACGGUGGAUAUGUUGAUGGCAGCAGAACGUGCUUUAAUACAGAAUAGAUGUCUGACUAUACCGAGUAUCUUUGUCAGACCCGAUGUCGAUAAGAACACAGCCAUGAAAGUGAAAGAGGCAAUUAGAAGACACCAGGGAACCGUUGUAGAGAACGAGACCGAUGCUACGCACAUCAUCUAUCCUCCAGUAGAUCCGAUGGAGGAAGAAUACGGGCGUCCCUGCAUGAGACGCGAGAGAACAGUUUUACUUCAUUGGUAUUAUUUCCCAGACAGCUAUGAUUCCUGGACAACGCUGGAUCUUCCCUGGGAUUAUCCUGAAGGAACUGCAUAUACAAAUGCAAGAUCAUUGUACAAAGUAUCGGCUACAUGGGCGCUAGACUUGGAUCAAUACAACGAGUGGAUGAACGAGGAGGAUUACGAGGUAGAUGAUAAUGGUCAGAAAAGAAUACACAAAUACAGGCUCUCUGUGGAGGAUUUGAUGGCGCAGCCAUCUCAUCCGCCACCGACGAAAAAGCCCAAGAGAAAACGAUCACCCAGCCCACCUCCAAAGUUAGGCAAGCGUAAGAGUAGCAGAGCAGUACCAUCGGGUAUCCAAAGCGCUUCGUCUGCAUCAUCGGCGACAGCUCCGAAGAAAUCUCGCGGCGGUGAGGAAGAAGAAGAUCUGACACAGGGAAUGGAGGAUCCACCCGCUGAACCACGUAUCGUUGAGGUAGUUGCUACGCCCACGAAUCCACCAAUCACGGGUCAAAGCAACGCUACAACGGGAAAUUCUACUCCGGCGUCUACUGGCAACAAGAAGCAAGAUAGUGAGCUUCAACCUCUCAAAUCGGGUAACUUGACCGAUCUUGACGAACAAAUGGAAGGAGACAAAGGAAGCUCUCAAGGUGCCCAAGAUAGAGAGGAAAGAGACACGAGUAAAGAAAGGGGCGAAGGUGGCAAAGGGGAUGAACCGGAAGACAAUGUGACGGAACAGACACAUCACAUUGUCGUUCCUAGUUACUCAGCUUGGUUCGAUUACAAUUCAAUUCAUACUAUCGAAAAGAGAGCCCUAUCAGAAUUCUUUAAUGGUAAAAACAAGUCUAAAACUCCAGAGAUCUAUCUUGCGUAUAGAAAUUUUAUGAUCGAUACUUAUCGACUAAAUCCAACGGAAUACAUUACAUCAACCGCUUGUAGACGAAAUUUAGCUGGAGAUGUGUGCGCCAUUAUGCGCGUGCAUGCAUUCUUGGAGCAGUGGGGAUUGAUCAAUUAUCAAGUGGAUGCAGAGUCCAGGCCCACGCCAAUGGGACCGCCACCGACAUCGCACUUUCAUGUUCUGUCAGACACGCCGUCUGGCUUGGCGCCGGUUAAUCCGAAUCCACCGAAAACGCCACAGCCGUCCGCCGCAAAAAUGUUGCUCGAUCUGGAAAAGAAACCGAUAGGUGUGACAGGCACUCUGGGUACGGAGGAAAAGGUUUCGGCAGGUGCAAUGGCGAAUUUCGGUCUGAAGAUCGAUCAAUACUCGAGGAAACCUACAGUUCUCAAGAACAAGCAGGCAGCGGGUGCUACACGCGACUGGACCGAGCAGGAGACUCUCCUGCUGCUGGAGGGCUUAGAACUGCACAAGGACGAUUGGAACAAAGUAUGCGAACACGUGGGUUCAAGAACGCAAGACGAGUGUAUCCUGCAUUUCCUACGCCUACCUAUAGAAGAUCCUUACCUGGAGGAGGGCGGUCCUGAAGGAUUGGGUCCACUGGCUUAUCAACCAGUACCAUUCUCGAAAGCUGGUAACCCCGUUAUGAGCACAGUCGCUUUCUUAGCUUCGGUGGUUGAUCCCAGAGUGGCGGCAAGCGCGGCCAAAGCCGCUAUGGAAGAAUUUGCUGCGAUAAAGGACCAAGUGCCAGCUGCGUUGUUGGAUCAACAUCUGAGGAACGUUCAAGCUAGCGCUAACUCGGACGGUAAAUUUGAUCCAGCAGCGGGUUUGGCACAGUCGGGUAUCGCUGGCACAGGGCCACCUGAACCAUCCGACGACACAACGGCAGCCGCGGCACUCUCCGUACCGGCAGGAUCGGCUAACUCGCCGCAUUCUGCAGCACCGACUCCUGAAGCUAAGAAGGAGGAACAAGAGAAACCUAAGGACGCUAUGGACGUCGAGCCAUCUCAAGUAGACGUUACGAAGAAAGAGGAUGAAGCAAAGGAAAGCGAGGAGGAUGCUAAGUCUACCAGUGAUCCGGAGGCUGCGGAAGCGAAGGAAAAGAAGGACAAGGUCGUGAGGGAUGCUCAACUUCAGUCCGCGGCGGCGGCGGCAUUAGCAGCCGCAGCCGUUAAAGCUAAGCACUUGGCGGCAGUGGAGGAGCGCAAAAUUAAAUCAUUGGUCGCGUUACUGGUCGAGACGCAGAUGAAGAAACUGGAGAUCAAAUUGCGUCAUUUCGAGGAGUUGGAGACGACGAUGGAGCGCGAGCGCGAGGGCCUCGAGUAUCAACGCCAACAACUUAUUACUGAACGACAGCAGUUCCAUCUGGAGCAACUGAAAGCGGCGGAAUUUAGAGCGCGACAGCAGGCCCAUCAACGAUUGGCUCAGGAGCAACAACAGCAGCAGCAGCAGCAACAGCAAAAUCAACAUCCACCGUGGCAACCACCUGUCGCGCAGCAGCAGCAGCAGCAACAACCACCGAGCCCGCAAGCUCAACUGCAACAGCAGCCGCCACCGCACACACCGCCACAGCAGACAUAACUCUUUCGUGAAUUUAUGGAUUUCUCGGCGGCUGCUCCGAAUUAAGGACGUGCAGGGAAGACAUCAGAUGGGAAUGAUAAUGCUGAAGAAGCUGUGUCAUGUAAGGCUGCCUGACAACGCCACUCGUACAGCAGUAUAACAAGUUUGCAAGAUCGAGAGCAAGGGAACCAACCCGUGUCAGUUGAAAAUCAACUAAAUAAACGGCCUGCAAAAAUACAGUAUUAAACCGACGUCCUUUGAUUUGACAAAUAUUGCCAAUAGUUAAGCAAUGUUAAAUUGAAGGACAUUAAUUAAGUCAUGAGUUUUGAAAAAAUGGGGUUAAAUCUAUUAAAGACAUUAUUCUUCCUGGCUGUCUACCACUGAGUGAACAUCCUAAAUGAUAACUAAUGUUAUUGUGACAUUCAUUCAACAUUGGUACCAACAUAUUGGCCAACCAUUAGCUUAAAUAUUUGCUAAAUCGUGUGAAGCCGCUUUAGAAAUCAAGUUUGGAGGGUUUCCUCUUAAAUAAUAUAAUUUAUAUUAUUUAAGGGAGCGCGGUCGUAGUAAGGCGCACCUUGCACCAGUGCUAGCCAAUGCUAUUCAAAGAAUAUGAUUUACAAACUCUAACGCAUGAUUAAGAUUAUUCACGAAUAUUCCAUAUACAUGUAUGAAAUAAUUUCUGAAAUUAUUUAUACUUAACAUAAAUGAGAAGUGAAAUAAUAAUAACUAAAAGAAUAAUUGAACAAGAAAAUGUACAUUUUCUUUAAACGUUUUUAUAUUUUUAGACGUUUUAUGAAAGUAUCAAUGUCGAAAUGUUUAUUAAUCGCGUACAUUUAUGUAUAUAACAUAAAAACUUUUUCUUCAUGAUUGGCUGCACAUGUCACUAGGUGUGACCAACUUCGCCAAACUGGAAUUUUCUUUUGAUAAGAUUACGAUCAUGAAAAAAAGUUUUGAAUCACAUAUAAUAUAAAAAUCUUAUAAAUUUAUAUAAUAAAAGUGUGUGUAUACAACAAA